GUCGUUCCCAGAGUCGAGCGGAUACGUAGUCGUCAGUCUCCAAUCGCAGUUAGCAGCUUCCUGUGCGGCACGUGCCAUUCUCCAGUUCGUCCUCCAGCAAUCCCAGUCCAAAGGAAGUGAUUCCACUUUGACAAUGGCAGGCAAACACCUGAUUGCAUUCUCCCUUCUGGCCCUCGCUGGAUCCUGUCGUGCAGGAUUCGCGGCCACCUAUGCCGGUUACCAUCCCGCUUAUGCCACCUACCAGGCUCCGGCUGCAGUCUACCAUGCCGCUCCAGUGGCCCAGGCUGCCGUCUACCAUGCCGCUCCAGUGGCUCAUCCUGCUGUCUAUCACCAGGCGGCUCCGGUCUUCGCCAAAACGGUGGUGCCAGCUGCUCCCGUCUACACCAGGUCCUAUGCCCUGCCAGCCCCAGUUGUCAAGACGGUGGCUGCACCUCUUUCCCUGCCCGUGGCUGCUCCAGUGGUGAAAACCUUGGCUGCUGCUCCCGUGGUUGCUGCUCCCGUGGUUGCUGCUCCAGUGGUUACUGCUCCAGUGGUUGCUGCUCCUGUGCUGAAACAGGUGGAGCUGGAAUCCUCGCCGCGCUACGACUUCUCCUACGGCGUCCAUGACAGCAUCACCGGGGACAUCAAGAGCCAGGUGGAGACCCGUGACGGAGGCAACGUGGUGGGAUCCUACUCCGUCCUGGAUGCCGAUGGGUACAAGCGCACUGUGACCUACACCGCCGACGAUAUCAAUGGAUUCAAUGCGGUGGUUCAGCGGGAGCCAGUGGUGGCUGCCCGUGCCGUGGCUGCUCCCGUGGUUUCAGUGGCUGCCCCAGCUCCCCUUCCCGUCCAUGUGCCCGCCUCUCUGCCCGCUCCCAUCUACUACCCCCACCAGCAGGUGUUUGCUCCCCAGCAGCAGGUGCAGCAGGUCGCCGAGCAGCAGGGUGAGGUUGUGGACGCUCCUUCGGCCACUCAGCCGGAGCUGGAGCCCACGCCCAUCGACUACAACGAGGGUCAGGAGCAGCAGCAGCAGCAGCAAACCUAUCCCCAGGAUCAGCAGUUCCCGCCCUUCUCCCCAUCGGGGGAAUCUUCUCCUGCCCCCGACAGUGAUGAUUCCGACGUGGUGGAGGCCCGAUCUGCACCUGAAGCCAACAGCAGCACCACCUCCACCACUGCAGCUCCAGCUACGGAGCAAAACAACGGAGAGAAAUCGGCUUAGGAUUGGUUUUGACCGGAAAUAUUGUUGAAACAAAUGCGAAAAUAAAUACACAAAUUUGGGAAUAUAUAAAA